AUGAUAGAUCGUGACAUGUUGGAAGUGGGAAAUGGAGGAAUGAGUCUAGAGGAGUACAGGUCUCACUUUAGCAUUUGGGCUCUUAUGAAGUUUCCUUUACUUAUUGGAUAUGAUAUCAGAACCGCUAGCGGAGAGACUCUCCAGAUCCUGGGAAACAAGGAGGCGAUUGAUGUUAAUCAGGACCCACUUGGAGUUCAAGGGAGGAAGAUAAGAUCACAAGCAGGGCUAGGAGUUUGGGCAGGACCAUUAUCAGGGAGAAGGGUUGUAGUUGUAUUAUGGAACAGAAGCUGGGCUCGGGCUCCUAUUACAGUCGGAUGGCGGGAAGUUGGAUUCUCUCCUUUCAGUCCUGUUAUUGUUAGAGACCUAUGGAUGCACUCAUUUGUGUCCAAAAGGAUGCGUUUCCGAUUGACUGCUUAUGUUGCUCAUGCUUGUAAGAUGUAUGUCCUUACCCCAAUAUAAACU